AUGGGGGUGCAGGCCCCUGGGUGGGACGAGGUCAUGGGGGUGCAGGCCCCUGGGGGGGACGAGGUCAUGGGGGUGCAAGUCCCUGGGGGGGAUGAGGUCAUGAGGGUGCAGGCCCCUGGGGGGGACGAGGUCAUGGGGGUGCAGGCCCCUGGGGGGGACGAGGUCAUGGGGGUGCAGGCCCCUGCCGGGGGGACACAAGGUCACGGGCGUGCAGGCCCCUGGGGAGGCGAGGACAUGGGGGCGCCGCGGCAGCAGCGGGACAUGUCCGCCUUCACCAUCAGGCCAAGGGCUGGAAUAGAGGUUUUCCAAGUCCUGGAGACAAAGGGCGAGAAAUGCUCCCUCUACAGCCGUGUCCUCCCCCGUCUGUCCUUUGCCGGCAGCUGGGGCGCCUGCGCUGACCCGCCGCGCACCCCAACGGGUCUGCAGGGCGGCUCCCGAGGACGUUCUGUCCCCCAGGGGACCCGCCCUGUCCAGGGGGCCGCCCAGGCCUUCGGCAGGGCCCACGCAGUGGGGGAGUCGGGGCCCCCACGCACCCCAGCUCCAGGGGAACCCUUCCUGGAGCCCGGCCCCGCCCCCGCAGGCCUGCAGCUGGAGCCCGUGGGGAGCAGGGGCGGCGGCCAGAGGCGGCGGGCGCUGCCUGAUGGGGAGCAGCUGCGGCCCCGGUUCUCGCCCGGCCGACGGCUGCACCCUGCCCGACGGCGCCUUGGCACCCAGGGCCCCGCUUCCCCCGUGGGGCCACCGUCCUGCAUCUGCUGGGAUCCAGUCCGGGGCGCCCCUCGGGGCGCAGGUGGGGUCCGGUACCCGCACAGGCCGCGCCACAGCACAGCCGCCUCCCACGGCAGAGCCGGGGUCAGAACCCGCUCCCCGCGAGCCGACUGGUCCUCGCAGCCGGGCACGAACCCUUGGGGGGCCCUGGUAGGGCAGCUUCAUCCCAUCCGCAGAGCUGGGACCCCCUGGGCGCCCCGCCUGGGCUCGAGCCGCGUCUCGGGGGUCUUUGCCACGCCCGGCCAGGGGCCCGCGGCGACACACGUCCUUGCAGCCCUGCUGCUCACGGGCUCGUCCUCUGCCCCGUGGGGACCACGACAGUGCAAACGGGAAGGCGGCCGUGGAGAAGGUGGCCCAGGGCCGGCCGGCGCCUUCCCGCGGCCCCGAAGGCCCUCCGGGGACCCCACGGCCCUCGCAGGUGCUCGCUGCUGA